CUGUCUUUCUGGUUCUGUGAGCUGUCAGAAAGGCUUGUUGCACUUACAGCUUUAGCGCAAAGUAACACAGAAGGGAAAAUAAAGCGGUUUUGGUUUUGCUUUCUUCAAAAAUAGUUUUAUUUUUUUGACGAGAAUAUUUAUUUUAAACGGAAGACAGCCUUAAAAUAACACGCAGUUAGUUAAAAAAAAAAUCGUGGCCCUGAUUUUCAAUUUGCGGUACACAGUAGCGGUAGUGAGUAACUGAACAGGUCAAUAAGAUCAAUGACAAAACAAAGUGCCUUUUCAAAUGACGUUCCUACUUAAAGCUGCUUCUUCAGUCUGUGUCUCUUUUAAAGCUUCAUUUUCCUUAUUCGACAGCGCCCUCGUCUGAGCUGUGCCAGAAGAUACCUCAACUGUGACAACUUGCCCUCCAUUUCAUUUCAGUCUGACUCAAGCGUUUAAACAAAACGAAGUGGAAAGAUUUACUGUGAGAGGAACGCUGCUAAAGCACAAAAAGCUGAUGUGGUUUCAGAAUUGAAUCAAUACCAGCAAGCAUUCAGCACACAAUUAAUAUCCUAUCAAGGAGUGCCAUUGCAUUGAAAUAACUUUAUUUAGACACUGUGUCAGCAAAACAUUCAAGAAACUCAGACAUUCUAUCACCCCAGAGCAUGUACCUUUCUGCAGCCAGAAGCCUAACAAGUGGGAAAAACUGAUUUGAUGAGUCGGCUGUCCUGAUAAAUCGUCUUUUCCCAAUGCUGCUGCAGUGUUGGUAGAUCUGUCUACUGUCUUUUGCGAUCUUAUGAAAUUCCAGAGCCAAAAGUUUUUAUGAACACAGCUGCUGUUCUUGAUGUUGUGAUUUUAGUGAAGUUUUAAUGUAUGUUAUUUAUUUUUAAACAAAUUUGGUUUCUUCUGUAAGUCUUCUGAUUCACUUUAAAAGUUUGACAUGGCUUUAAACAUAACUUCGAUGCGAGAUACGAAAUGGCUGACGCUGGAAGUGUGCCGGCAGUUUCAGAGAGGAACUUGUUCACGUACCGACGAGGAAUGCAAAUUUGCACACCCACCGAAAAGCUGCCAGGUUGAAAAUGGAAGAGUUAUUGCCUGCUUCGACUCACUUAAGGGUCGGUGUACAAGAGAAAACUGCAAAUAUCUUCAUCCACCAGCACAUUUAAAAACACAGCUAGAAAUAAAUGGACGCAACAACCUUAUUCAACAAAAAACAGCAGCCGCAAUGUUGGCUCAACAGAUGCAGUUCAUGAUACCAGGCACAGCCAUGCAGCAACUACCUACAUUUCCUGUAACUCAACCUUUAGGAUCAAACCCUGGUAUAAGUUUUGCUCCAUAUCUUACUCAAGUAGCACCAGGCGUGGGGUUAAUGCCUACAGAAAUGCUCCCUAGUGCACCUGUCAUUAUGCCAGGAAGCCCUCCUGUUACAGUCCCGGGGUCUGCUUCAACACAAAAACUUCUGAGAACGGAUAAACUGGAGGUCUGUAGGGAGUUUCAGCGUGGAAACUGUGCAAGAGGAGAGACAGACUGCCGCUUUGCUCAUCCGAGCGACAGUGCAAUGAUCGACACGAGUGACAACACAGUGACAGUUUGCAUGGAUUACAUCAAGAGUCGCUGUUCCAGAGAGAAGUGCAAAUACUUCCACCCCCCGGCUCAUCUACAGGCCAAAAUUAAAGCUGCACAGCACCAGGCCAACCAGGCUGCAGUGGCAGCACAGGCAGCAUGCAUGACUCAGUCGACUGCCAAAGCAAUGAAGCGACCCCUCGAGGCAACUGUAGAUCUGGCUUUCCCACCUGGUGUUCUGCAACCCCUACCAAAGAGACAAGCACUUGAAAAAAGCAAUGGUGCCAGCACAAUCUUUAAUCCCAGUGUUUUGCACUACCAACAGGCUCUAGCCAAUGCACAGUUCCAACAGCCCACAGCAUUCAUUCCCUCAGGGUCAGUGUUGUGCAUGACUCCUGCUACCAGCAUUGAUCAUCCUGAAAUAAUCAACAGAAAAGGAAUGGAGUGUCAAGACGCUGCACUAAGAAGCCCAAAACAGCCCUUCUGUAAAUACUAUAUUUCCUCCUCAUUAGAAGUACAACAACCUGCAUGCUAAGAGUUAAAUUAUUAUGGACGAAUCAUUACAUAUAACAUUGAGUGCUGUUGAAAUAUAUAUGAAUUAUGUAUAUGUAUUGCUAAAACAAUAUUGACAUGGUAAUGACACACAAUCAAAAAACCUUUACAUAAAUACUAUAUAGGUAAAGGUGGAGAUUAAAUUUUAAUGAUUGUUUUCAACAGUAAUGUAGAUUACAGUGUCUAUUUCCAUACUUGUUUAAAAGUGUACAUGGUUCACACUUGAUGGAGACCUCCUAAUUUGCACUGUCUCAAUGAAUAUAGUGCUUAAUGUUGAGUGCUUGAUUGUUUCAAUCAAAACAUAUAUUGUACAGUUCAAUAUAAAGCCCCUCAUUUUAAUUUCCUAGACACACCUAUAUUGCACUUGGCAAGCGACCAGGCAAGCAGUUUACUUAAAAUUGAAUGUCAAACCAGUAAUGCACUGCUUUUCUGGUGGGUUUUACACUUUAUAAGGUUAGGGAAAUUAAUUUAACACUGCCCCCAUUUAUUGGUCUAGUACAAAGGUUUAAAAAUCAAUUUAAAUAUAGUUUGCAGCAUAGCUGCAAUGAACUUGUGUUACUGCAAUAAUGAGACUUUGUUGUGACUUCUAGACAAAACAGCCAUGCAGACAUUUGCAUAUGUCAGUUUGAGGAACCGUAAUGUAACUGAGAAUCCAAUCACCAGCCUGCACUGGGUUUGCACCUGCUCCCCAUAUCAGUUUUUCAAAUCUGAAGGCGUUCCUCAGAGGAAAAGACCUAUGGAAGCUGUAGUUCCAUUGAGAGUUUGGUGUAGUAGACUGACCCAGUACGACAAGCUGUAUGUAGGCAGACUACAUAAAGACUGGACAGAAUUGACUGGCAAGUACAUGACCGAUUUAAUAAGCAAAAGUCUCAUCAUUGUCUAAAGCGUGGUCCUUUUCAAGCAGGUUAUUCUAGGGUGUAAACCAGCCAAUGGGGGUAUCAUUCAUAAGAGAUGCCAAUAAAAUACACAAACGUUCAUUAGCUGAUCCUUUCAUGGAGGACAAGGAAGGUUGUAAUCUUCUUGUGCUGUUGUUUCCGCAAAAAUCAUAUUUUCUUUGAUAAAUUGUAGAAGUGCCUAAUAAAAUUCACAUUACAAGCAACUAGAGAAGAUGAGACAAGUUUUAAAAAAGAAAAUGUAGAUUUGUUAACAGUUAAGUUAAAAAGCACUAUACUUAUGAUGGGUUAUUCAUUUUACCAUACCUGUUGGAAUACACUUGCAUAUUGAUCUUGGAAAGCAGUGUAUGUAUUCUACAAACACAAGUACACUGUAUCUAAAACAAGAUUUAUCAAGAGUCUGAUAAUGCAAAAUUCAUUUUUACCGUAGGAACUAAAGUAGUUUACAUUAGAGAAGUGGUUGAAAACAAGUGAAAAAACAGGAAAAGGAAUUAUGUUUUUAAUGUUUUAAACACAUUAGUCUCUUAACUUAGUGUUUUGGGUGCAUUGUCAUAACCAUUAUAAACAAAUCAUCAUUUACAUAAGAGGUUUCAUUUAGGAGGGGUAUUAUCGUAAUAAUCAGUACUUAGUUUGUAUGAUAUUUAAUGGACACCAUUUGUUCACAUUGUGUAACUAGCUACCAUAAUAUUUCUAUUCAGUUAUUUCCCUUUCAAAGUGUAUUUCUAACUUUAAAGACAUUGUUUUCAGUUAAGGACCAGUCAUUAUCUUGCAGUCUUUUGUUAAAAUAUGAAUUUAAAUAAAUCAAAAUCAUGAUAUUUUUUCAUGAUGAAUUGAUUAACACAAACAAUCUACAAUAAAACUCUAUUAGCUGAGCAUGAUUAAGGCACUAUUCUACAAUUAUUUUAAUUUUCAUUCUGUAUGCUUUUUCUUCACAAAAGUUACAGUUUUAAUGUAAUUUUUGAUGUUGAAAGUAAUUAAAAAAAAUGUUUUAUGUCAUAAUUAAAUCUUUUUGUUACAUAUUAGUAAUAGAACAAUAUUGUAACCUAUUAUAUUUUAAAAUGAAUGUAAUUUAUUAAGCUAAGCUUAGUUCUACUGUUGUUUGUUUUGUUUUUUUUACAGAAGGACUGAUCUGUUAGAUCAAUUAGUAAGGAGAUGGUCUAGAACUAGUUUCUAGAAUGAAUCAGCUGUUGGUGGCUAGCUUCCUGUUCUCUCACUUGUCACUGCCUUCAUCACCAAUGCAGGGCAAUGAAACACAGUGUGAACAAGGCUUUAGAAUUGUUUGUAUUAUGUAAAAAUGUUUAUUGUAUGGUAACAUUUUACCCCAAAAAUACAUACAUACUUUUCACUGUAAUAUGGUAGUAUUUCAUAAGAAUAUUAAGUUGUUGCUGUGGCAACCAAAAGUUGCAAUGACUAAAGUUCUGUAUUUUUGUAAAUGAUGUAAUUGUUAAGUGCAGAGAUUUUUUUUCUAGAACACUACCACGAGAGAGGGUAAGAUGCAAAAUAAUAUUUAAACAUUUCCCACUUUGCUUCGAUCAAAAUUAUAUUUUCAGUAGCAUUUAAGUUUAUUGAUAUCAGUGCAAGUUGGUUCCUGUAACAAAACUUGAAAGUGGAAGUGGUUACCUAUGGCAUUAAUUACAAAAAAAAAAAAUCUCUGUAGUUUUCCCUUAUUAAUCUACAAAUGAAGACCUUUUAAACAAAAGAGCGCCCAAGAACACUGAAAACAAUUGAAAGAAUGAUUGACAUGGAAGUUAGGAUUGCACUUUUUUUCCCCCACAAGUAUGUAACUAAUAUUUUUCUUUUUAACUAUAUGUAUAUUAUAGGGUACGGCAAAGUUGAUAACCUUGUUCUUUCAUAUCUACACUUUACUACUACAAUCGUUAUCCUUCUGCAUCAGCAAAAUACUUUUACACAUAACAAUUGUGGUGGGUUUUUUUCAAUAGAAAUACAUUUUUGAAUUCUUGUUAAAUUAGUCACAAAAACAUCAAUGUUCUGUCUUUUUAUUAAAGCAUUAAGGCACAACAGGGCUGUGUUGACAUGUGAUAAGCACAUACACACCUAAUGCUUCAUGAGGCCUCGCUGUUGAUCUCAACAGAUCUCACUGAGUGGGACCAUUUUUAUUAAUAAAGAACAAGACGCAUGGCAUGGGUAGGCUAAACUCAGCAGAACCAGUUUACCAGAAAACUUUGCCUUACCUUAAUAUAUUGUUCACAGGGUUUAAUAUGGAAAAGCUCUAGAUGCAAAGGGCUGUAACUGGCCUACUAUUUACACCUUUAUUAAAACUACCUUUCAUAGGUUUCAGUAUACGGUACUUCUCUUUCCAAAUACUGUCAAGUUUUCAUUGUGAGGCCAAAAUGCUUGACUGCUCUUAAGUAGGGGGUCAAUUAUUAUUAUUAUUAUUAUUAUUAUUAUUAUUAUUAUUAUUAUUAUUAUUAUUAUUUUUUGUGAGAAAUGCCUGACAAUAAAGAUUGUGUGGCAUUGUGCCAUAUAUGGUUGUAACAUUAAUGCAGGUAUUUUAUUACAAUUAUUACUGUGCCACAAAUUCCAUCUGUAAUACAGUGAGCCAUCUACAUUGCAACUUCAAUCAAACCCUCAUUUAAAUGUAUUAGUUUAUAUGUAACCAUUUUUAAAAUGAUGUUUUAUUUGUGCAUAUAUUACUGUAUGUGCUAUUUUAUGUUUAUAUAGUCAGUUGUUUUGGUUCCUGCAAAUGGUGUAAAACCUAUUGAGAUGAAACAAAUAAAACAAAAAUAAAAUAAAA